AUGACGUGCGACAUCUUUGUCUCGGACGAUGCGAGGAAUCACUCCCCACAGCUGGUUCCGCAGAAGAUCAAUUAUGGGGUGGAGGAAGAACCACCGCCGUUCGCCCCCGAGGCCGAGUGCGAGGGAACGUCUGACCGUUCCCGUAAGCACCAGCUGGAGACCCUACCGCAAACAAGUUUAGGCGACGGUGUGCUGAUGCGCGUCAUGGGACCAGGCCAUCCGGAAGUUGCAGAAAUCGCUGAGAAGCGUCCGCUGGACUGGUCCCCUAAACAGGGCCGGGUCCAAGAUCAGGAUCGAUUCCCCAAGGACUGUCUGCCACCGAAACACCCGCUCGCCCAACCAUCACUUCCCCGGGGUAAAGAUUCUAAAGAAGACAACCCUCAAUCGCCCCAGCGUACCCUUCCUCUACCCGUACUGUCGCAAGAUAUCAAACCGGCCUUUUCCAAACCCCCACAACGUCCCCGUCUCCUGUCCCUCACCGCUCCCUCGUCGGGGCCACCAAUACAUCUCGCACCGCACCGACGAACCUCAACCGCCGAAGGCCUCUCCCCCGACUCCAAGCAGGCAGACCUAAAGUCUCGCAUCUCUCUCCCAUCACUUCAAUCGCUGGCCUCGCCUCCCAAUUCGUCUGUCGGGGCUUCUCCAGACACGGGCUCCGGUAACACACAAACCCUACCCUCCAUCUCCGCCCUAGGAUUGUCUCAAUCCGAGUUCUCUUCAACUCGGCUUAAUGGCUUUCCACCCUAUUCCUAUUCACCUUCUGCUACAUCGCGUAAUGAUUCCCCCCACGAGCGUCAAUUACCUAGUCUUGUGCCGCAGAUCCCUCCCAGUCCUUUCUCUCAUUUCUCUCCUAUAAGCACCAAAGAUCUAUCCAACAAUGCUUCGCCGGCGUCACAGCCAUCUUUCUGGCGCACACCAACCUCCGCUGUGUCCGCAGAACCGCCAAUCCUUCCUCCGCCACCUCCACCUCCUCCCCCGGAACCUCAUGCCUAUGAGAGAUCUCCGAUGACUGCGAAAAGUCCGAUAAGCUAUCCCACCCCCACGGAGCCAGUAGCCUCUGUCACCGGAGAACGGACUUCGUUCAGCUCGCAUCCUUCACCAGAUGAGGCAAUCACGAAUAUAGGUGUCUAUAAAUGCACACAUCACGGUUGUACCGCGGCUCCCUUUCAAACCCAAUAUUUGCUCAAUUCCCAUGCAAAUGUGCACUCUUCAGAUCGGCCACAUUUCUGCCCAGUAGAAGGCUGUCCUCGUGGUGUAGGGGGGAAAGGGUUUAAACGUAAAAAUGAGAUGAUGCGACAUGGCCUAGUACAUAACUCACCUGGCUAUGUCUGUCCGUUCUGCCCGGAUCAGCAACAUAAAUAUCCUCGACCGGACAAUCUUCAACGACAUGUCCGAGUUCAUCAUGUUGAUAAAAGCAAAGAUGACCCAAUCCUUCGGGGCGUUCUCGCACAACGCCCUAUUGGCAGUACACGAGGCCGUCGGAGGCGACUGAAUGGAUGA